AUGGCGAGGGCCGGGGAGAUGCUGCCCGCCCUCCUGAGCCUGCUGCUGCUGGCAAGGCCGCCCGCGCUGGGCCGCCCGCCCCGCCUCAGGGAGCCGCGGGCGGAUCAUGUAAAAGAACAUCAACUAGGAACAUUAGUAACAGCAAACAAUUCUUCAAAUAAGACGUCACUACUUGUGAACUCAGCACAGUCAGCAUGGAAAAAAACUUGUCAAAAUCUUCAUGGUGGUAAGCAGAACAAUUCUACAAUUGGUAGAAAUUACAAAAAUUUUAAAACUAAAUCAAAAGCACCUAGACAAAAAGUUGGCAGGUACAAGCACCAACAAAAGCUGCUCAGUGAUAUUUUAAAUGUUUUGAUGAAUCAACAUAAACCGCGUCUGAUUGGCAAUGAAAGCAUGAAAGCACAGGUUUCCAGAAAAUGGACAGGAAAUGGAAAACUAACUGAAACAAACAUGAAGCUAACAAAAAACCCAAGAAAAAUCUUCAAACUUGGGAAAUUUGAAGACACUAAGACACUGAGUCAACAUAAAAUGGAUUCAGAUCUACUGAAUGAAUUCCAAAUUAUUGAAAAAAAGCCCACAAAUAAAACAAGAAUGAAAUUUCAAAGAGAACUGUUUGACAGUCUUGAUACAUGUAUUAAAUACUUAGGGACUAAACCAUCAUUAGUUAUUGCAGCAUUAUCAAAGACAGAUUUAUUGCCAACAGUUGAAAGAGCACUUUCCAGAAAAAAUAUGAACAACUUAGAAAGUAUUUUGGCAUUAACCAUAAUAAAAAAUCAGAUGGUUCUUGAAAGAAAACACUAUCAUAUUAAAACUCUGAAAAAGGAAAAAAAUAAGCACACUAAUGACAGAUUUUUAACAUCUGCCAAACAAAAGGAAUUAGCUGAAAUGAGGUCUGAAACUUGGGCCCAGCAAAAAACAAAUGCAAUUAGAAGAAAUCAGCCUAAAAGACUAACAGAUGCAAGAAAAGUUUUAAUAAGUACAGAUAAGAAAAGUCAGCAUACUGAACUUCAGAAAUAUGGACACUUCCUUAAAGGGUUUCAGGAAAGCUCAAGCUCUCUAAAGAGUAAACCAAGUGGAAUAAGCACUUGGGAAAGAAAAUCAGGAAAAACAUCCGUGAGGCCUAAUACUAAAUUUCUGAACUUUUUAAACCUAGUGAAACAGAGAGCCAUAGUAUUACAAAAAGGUCAACCAACUAACAAAGAGGUGGAAGAUGCAUACAUAACAGGGAGUGCACAACACAGACCUAAUGAUAGCAAAUAUAUAUGGUGUAAAAGCUUCCAUGAAGUGAGGACCAAAGUAAUGGCUCAGGUUAAAGAGAAAAAAGCUAAAGCAAUAGCUGCAAUAUCUGUUGAAGCAAAUCAGAAAUCUUUUACACAAGUGAUGAUCCCUCACAAAAGAAAAGACACUGUGCAGAAAAUGUGGCUAGUAUAUAAAACCAAAUCUACCAUUCAUGAAAGAAAACAAAAUGAGCCUUUUAAAAUUAAAGCUUCCCUAAAACAGAAAUGGAAAGGAAAUGCAGAUGAUGGGCAUAUACCUGAAAAAGAAAGAACAGCAUUUGGAGUAGAAAGAAUGGCAUACUCCUCCAGAAAUGACUGUACAGAGUUUGCAAAGUUAAAUUUUGUCCUUCCAACUACAGACUUUGUUGAAAAUGUUAAACAUACAUUAUUCACACCAUUGAUGGCACAAACAAUGUUUCCAAAUCAAGUGGAAAAAAUUAAGAAGCAUAGCAUACUACCUUUAUGGAACAUAAAACAGAAAAAAAUCAGUUAUGCUCAAGAGGAUUUAAAAGUUAGAGACAAAAAAGCAGCUGUAUCUCACAGGCAAGUUGAGAACACUGGUAGUAAGCAUAAAAACCUUAAGAGAGGAGAGAAUUCAUCAACAUCUUUGAUACAUCCUCCAAAACCCUCUUCUCCAAGUGCAUUAAACAAAGGAAGAAGGAAGCGAUCAGCAAAUGGUGAAAGUGUAAAGGUACCUGUAGAGUUUUUGAGCCAUUUAUCUUCCGUUUUAGUAGCAGGUGCUACUAUUGUUGGAAUUGUCAUCUUUGCUCUGGGAUUAGCAGUGUUUUGCCUGUUUUACAAAAGGAGAAAAAUUUGUCAGUUUCUAGGAAGCAUUGCAGAAGAUGAGGAGCUCCCAAACGGAUUUGUAUCAACAGAUGCUCAAUAUUAUAAACCUGUUUCUCUUUCUCAGUAUUUUCAUGCUGGAAAAUUACAGGAAGCAAGCAAAAAUCAAGCAGCAGCAGCAACAGCUCCUGAUGUUUGUACUACUGGUGAAUUUAGUCCCGUUACAAAAACAGUCAUGUGUGACAGCUCAGAUUCAGAAAGCAGCCCGAAUAUGCCAAACAGCAGUUUGACUGCAAGUUCCAGGUCAUCUUCAUUUACAUCGUGGCACAGCAGUACAGAAGCAACUUGUGACUGUUUAUCGGAUGGUUCCUCCUCCCAUGUUUCUUUAUCAAAAAAAUGUUUAAUGGAAAAUCAGAAUUUGCACUUACCAAACAUUAACAAAACAGAAAAAAAUACAGCUCCUGCUUUAUUUGUCUCAAAUGACUUAUCCAGUGAUGAUCAAGAUGAUGAAAAUACUACAAAAAAAAAUUCUCAGAACUAGUAAAAGCAAGGAUUCCUAAGUCAAGAAUUGAAAACAAUACUGCCAUAUUAUUUCCCUUUAAUGAAACAUUGACUGUAGAGAACUCAAGUAAAGACAUAAUUCAUUUACCCACUUCUAAGUCAGCACAAAGAUCCAUGAGUAAUAUUUGCAUGUCUCAUCCAUUAGAUUGCAGUAGUCUCACUAAAUUUGAUGACUGUAACUUCCCAGAACCCAUUAAUGAUUUGAAUAAGUUUAUGUAAAAUAAGAAGAUUGACAAGCUGGCUAGAAUAAUAAAAGUCAAUAAUAGAAAUGUAUCUCAAUAGGAAAUUAUUUUUAAAAAUUUACUCUUAAAUUCUGAAGUUUAAAAAAAAUAAAGUUGACUAACAGUA